AUGAAGGGUGGUAUUAUCUUAGUUUUUGUGAUGCUAGCCAUGUUUCAGUUCAUGGUGAUGCAAGGAGACGCCACCGUGAGUUGUGGCCAAGUUAGAAGUUCAUUGGCGAAGUGCGUUCCUUUCCUUACCGGUGCUCAAGCGGUUCCUACGGCUGAUUGUUGUAGUGGCGUGUCGAGACUCCAGACCAUCGCCACUACAACCGCGGACAAGCAGGCGGCUUGCAACUGCGUUAAAGACACCGCCGCUAGUAUGCCCUCCAUCGCGGCAUCUCUCCCAGCCGAGUGCAACGUUCAAUUUAAUUUCCCCAUCUCCAAAAACACCGAUUGCAAAAAGUGAGUUCAUCAUCUUCGCUUCUUUUA